UGGGAUUUUGGAAACAUGUUACCCACGUGCAUCCGGGCCCCCCGCUCGAUUCAGGGCUCCACUGAUGACGUCACUCGCCAAACGCGCUCCAUUGUUCAGAUCUACACAGACUGGGCGAACCAUUACCUGGAGCGGGCGCGAUCGCGUCGGCGGGCCGGCACAUCGGGCGCCGGGCUGGCCCGCGACUGCGCUGACGGCCUCCUCCUGGCUGACGUGCUGGAAGGUGUCACUGGACUCAAGGUGCCUCGGGCUCAUCGCAAACCUAGAAACCCACAGCAAAUGUUGGAAAACGUCCAGUGCUGUUUGGACUUCCUUCACGCCCAAAAAGUCCAAGGGCUAGAACAAGUUACUGCAGUUGAUAUUCGAGACGCCAAACUAAAAGCGGUGUUGGCGCUAUUUUUCGCCCUAAGCAGACAUAAACAAGCCACAAAACAGCGAACAGCGCCACCUAGCGGUAAUGCGUCGAACGUCGGCAGAAACUCCAGCGACGACGGGUCAUUGAGCUCCGUCCAACGAAUAACAGGUGGCAGCAGCGAUGAAGUUUUGACGGCCUGCGGAAAUUCAGCUGAAAUGACAACUUUAACAGCAAAUAGACAAGUAUCGGUGCUGCAGACGUCGAUCCCUCUGCCUGCGUCGGCGGCGGCGGCGCGGCGAGCUCCGCCAGACAAGCGCCCACUCCCAGCCACGCCGAUACAUGCGGGUGGGAAAAGUGGAUUAUCUGCAAGUUCUAGUCGUUCCACAAGUCCUCUGGGACAAGGAGCUGUUAGUUUCAUACCACGCGCUCCGUCCUCAUCAGGAUCCCGGCCAAACUCGUCCCUGUUGGCACCCGGCAGUAAAAUCCCCUCAACUCUGACGCAGACUCAACAACAGUCCCAGACAACAACUAACCACAAUGGAACACCAACGAAGCAUUCUAUGCUCGACAAACUCAAACUGUUCAAUAAAGAUAAACUGAGCAGCGAUAAACAGAACAGCAAAAGCACUGCUGUAUCAAAACGCACUAGUUCUUCCAGCGGAUUCUCAUCAGCCAAGAGCGAGAGAUCCGACUCUAGUUUAAGUCUUAAUGAAUCCUCAAACGUGCCCAACUCACAUAUCAAAUCUUCUAACCUAAUAGGACCUAAAACUAUAAGACAAAACGAUACGUUAUCAAAAGACAAGUCUGGCAAAAAUGUUAAGCCUAAGUUAGCAAAUUCAAAAUCCCCUAAAGAAUCUUCCACGAAUUUAAGUAAAUCUAGCUCUAAAACAAAUAACAAUGAUAAAUCAAGAAAUAGUCCUAAACUGCCAUCAAGGGACAAAGAGUCUAAAUUGGCCGCUCCCAAGUCCGUUAGCAAUACGAAACUGAAUCAAAUUGAUGAUCACUCGAGAAGUUCGAAACACAAAAUCGAUUCAAAAAUGCUGAAGCCAUCAGGAAGUCAACUGAAACUGAGUGAACCAUCAGAUGGCCAUGACAACGCGAGUGGACAAGCCAAGAACGCACAAGGCCAAGGACAAGGUUUUGGUGUGCAAAAUCAUACUGGUAUUCCAAAACCGACAGCCGCUGUCAAAGGCACAUUUAAGAUAUCUAAAGACGAUAGACAUGCUAUUCAUAAAAGUACAAAUAGUCAAUUAAGUCCUAUACAAAGCAAUUCUAGUUUAAAUUCUACUAAUAACGUAAGUGCACUUCCAUUUAGUAGAGAACAAUCUAAUUUAAGUAAAGAAGUAUCUCAGAAACAGACCUUGGCUGUGUCUCCAAUGCCUGUUGUUGGUUCGGGGAAUCAGAACCCUACUUCCCAAAUGUCCGAGAGUUCACAUUCGAAUUCUACGCACAGCACCACCGGACAAAAUUCAAAUUCCAGUGACAGUGUAAUCUACAGACCGUCAAGUGAAUCUGGUUCUGACGUCACUAAGACUGUUAAUGUGACUAAUAAAAGGCUGGAUAUGAGCGCUAAUUAUUUAAAAGACGUCAUAAGUGAAGCUGAAAUAUCUGAAAAGGAAGCAGCACAAAAACGCCUUCUUGAAAGUGCUGGAUUAAAACCCUUUGAACAUAAUACAGCGGUACUAGAACUGAACAGAAAACUAGACAAUAGUAGUAGAUCAAGCACGCCUUCGCAUUGUCGUGAUAAUUCGCUUGGUGAGGAUGAAAAUCCUUUGAUGAACGUGAUGCCUAUGAGGCCAUUGCUUCGGGGAUACAACAGUCACUUGACACUUCCGAUGAGAACUUCUGGUCUGACUCAGAAAAACAUUCCCGGUUACCCUCACCACGCAAAUACAGUGAAAGCUAAUUUUGGCCGUGAAAAUGCCAACUUACGAGAUCGCCUCAACUAUGGUCCAGGUUUUUCUAAUCCUGAUUACUGUGACGUAGACAUUGCAUCAGGAUAUAUGUCUGACGGCGAUUGUUUGAGGAGAAUGAAUAUAAACGAAAUGGAUUGCGGAAGAAACAAUGACAUAAUGGACGGCUACAUGUCUGAAGGAGGUGCUUCACUGUACGGUCGACGGAUCAACUAUCAACAAACAUCACAGCUGCAACAAUUGGACGAGAGACGCGGCGGCCGCAGUAGGAUGGAAGGCAGCAGCGGCGGAGUGGUGUACCGCGUGGUGGGGCGCACGCGCAGCAAGGCGGACUGUGGCCAACAGACGGAAAGACAGCCGCCCGCGCCGCGAGACACCACCUGGAAGAAAUACACCGACUCGCCCGGCGUUGGCGCUCCGCCAUUGGGGCAGCCUGCGCAAGCGCCGCCAAGCCCGUCCCACAGUCGCAAGGGGGAGCGGCGCACGGGUCACCACUCCCCGCAACACCACAAGAGGGAGAAGCUUACUGCCGCGCAACAGCUUGGCAUAGCGCCGCAUCCACAGUAUGCAGCGUCAAAUUCUAGUCAGCACUCUUCCAGAAGUGGCGGCUCUCAGCUACAAUCCCCAAGUGGUGGAUCUCGGCCAUCCAGCGUUUCCAGCGGUGGAAAUGGCAGCAGUUGUUCCUCCAGUAAAGCGAAAGUUCCUCAAAAUUUCGGAUAUGUGAAGAGGCAAAAUGGAUUACAACAACCUGCUCCACAGUCUAAUGGACCACCUCAACAUGGACAUAGCAGCGGUGGAAGAACCGCUCAAGUUUCCGCAGUACCCAGAACGAAGGUUAAAGUUUCGGGUGGAACACAAACUUGCACACAAGAUCUUCAAAUUCACAAAAAUGGCAUUGGGCCGAAGUCCUAUUCUCUGGGUGGCACGGCAGCGGCGCAGUUAUCAGCGUCAGUCAGAGAACGUCUCCUGGGGUCACAGUCCCUGCCCAAACCUGGCACACAUGAGUUUGCUGCUUUAUUCCACCACCAUAGGAUUGCCCCAAGAGGUGGUAUGAAGAUCAGUGAUGGCAGCUUGUCUGAUACACAGACAUAUUCCGAAGUGAAAUCAGACUACGGCAUACCUUACGCGCCUUGGUUGAGACACAGCAACACAUACUCGGCGAGCGGCCGCCUGUCCGAGGGCGAGAGUAUGGAGUCUCUCACGUCGCUGCACUCGGCGGCACAACACACCUCCUCCCCUAACUCACACCGCAGCUCACUCACACACAAUAAGCUCAUCAUGCACCGAGACGCUCAGGGCUCCCGGCUUAACAGGAGCAACAGUAUUAGAUCUACGAAGUCGGAGAAGUUAUAUCCUUCUAUGCUGCAAAGGUCUUCUGAGAGCGACUACGAGCCGUAUUAUUGUUUACCAGUGCAAUACGGACCUGGUGGACAAGGUCUGAACUACGGCGUGUCGGAGCCUCCGUCGCCAUCGCCGCGCUCGGCUCUCAGCCCCACUCACCAGCCUGCCAACGUCAUGCACACUCCGAGACAUUCGCACCACUAUCCUAAGAAGAAUGAUGACGUUCACGGGUCCACCGCAUCACUGGUGUCAACAGCGUCGUCUCUAGCUGCCGGCGCAGGGUCCGAGGAGAGGCAAGCACACGAGGUUCGGAAGCUGAGAAGAGAGCUCGCUGAUGCUAAAGAAAAAGUCCAUACGCUGACAACACAACUUACGACUAAUGCGCAUGUGGUGUCUGCUUUCGAGCAGAGCUUAUCGAACAUGACUCAGAGGCUCCACCAACUCACAGCUACCGCCGAGAGAAAGGACUCUGAACUGACGGAGUUGCGUCAGACCAUCGAGCUGCUGCGUAAGCAGUCCAUCCAGGCGGGUCUCACGACAGCACACAUGCAGUCUAUGGGCAUCCGAGCAGACGGCGUCAAUGUCACUGGACAGCAGGAAGCGACGCCGCAAGCGCCGCAAGGGUCCCCGCAGCGCGGGUCGCAGGCGGGCAACGGUGCGAUCACCAGACACCUGUCCACCGACAGUGUGUCUAGUAUCAACAGCCUUAGCAGCGGCUCCUCCGCGCACCACGACAAGAAGCACAAGAAGAAGGGAUGGUUACGCUCGUCAUUCACGAAAGCGUUUUCAAGAAAUGCGAAGAUAUCGAAGACGGCGAAGCAUUCCUCUCUCGGGCAAUUGUCGUCGCAAGAGAGUUCGUCAGGGUCGCAUCACUACGACGACCCGCACACCAUCCGCGAGGGGAGCAAUGAGAACAGUCUCGAACACUCGCACGAAGUUCUGGCUGAACCCGCUAAGGACAAGCCUGCUGCCUCCAGUGAGGAACAGACCAAAGAAAAAGACGAGUCGGUGCUAGUAGACGAGUUGAAGCGGCAGUUGCGGGAGAAGGACCUGGUGUUGACGGACAUCCGACUGGAGGCGCUCAGCUCCGCGCACCAGCUGGAAAGCCUCAAGGACACAGUCAUCAAAAUGCGGAACGAGAUGUUAAACCUGAAGCAGAACAACGAGCGCCUACAGCGGCUAGUGACGUCACGCUCGCUGGCGGGCAGUCAGAGCUCGUUGGGCACGGGCGGCUCCGCGGUCGAGGACCCGCGACGGUUCAGCCUCGCCGACCAGGCCACCAUGCACCAGACGACAAUAGACAUCCACUCGCAGCCAUUAGACUUGGACUUUAACUGCAUGACGUCUACACCCACGAUGGAUUUCUCAAAGAAAGGCUCGCCGAAAUCCAGCGUAGUAGAACCUAUAUACGGGAACAAAGCUGUAUGCGAGUUGAAUGAGAACAGCGAGGCUUUACUAGGGGCCUUGAAUGGGAGUUCGGAUAUCUUUGCCAACGGGCUGAGUGCCACCGAUCGACUAAGUGGUGAUUAUGACAUCAACAGUGUCCUACCGCCUCCUAAGACUCGAGAAUUGGCGAUUGGCGAAAGUUAUUCUGACAUUGGUGUGGCCGAUAGCCAAGGGGACACGACAGACGGCAAGAAGAUAGCGAUAGCCGUGUACUUAGGACAGCCCGAAACAUUCCAAAGAUAUUUCGAGGAGGUGCAAGAUACGCUGACGGAGUCUGAAUGCAGAUUCUACGCUAAACAAUCGUCAAGUGGUUACAACAACCACUUCGACAAACAACCCAGCUUCGACUCGCCGCGAAUGUCUCAGAACCACAGUCCAGAAGCCGAGACACAAGACUACCCUCCUAUAAAUAAAUCAAACACGAAUAGCCUUAAGAGCAAUAAAUCAACGCACAGUACUUCCUAUAAGAACGUGUACAAUAGUGACUCGACAAUAAAUUGCAAUGAAUUCACGAUAGCGUACACUUAUAUAUCUGGCAAGACGACUUGGCAGAACUUAGAUUAUAUAGUUAGGAAGACGUUUAAGGAUUACUUGUCAAGGAUAGACCCGGGAACGAACUUGGGGUUGAACACUGACUCUAUAACUUCGUAUCAUUUGGGCGAGGCGACCCGCGGCCCGGAGAUUGGCUUCCCGGAACUGCUGCCGUGCGGUUACAUCGUCGGCACUGUCAAUACUCUCUACAUCUGUCUUCAAGGAGUCGGCAGUUUGGCUUUCGACAGCCUUAUACCAAAAAAUAUUGUGUACAGAUACGUAUCGCUAUUAUCGGAGCACCGUCGCGUGAUCCUGUGCGGGCCGAGCGGCACGGGCAAGUCGUACCUCGCGGCCAAGCUGGCAGAGUUCUACGUGCAGCGCACGCAGCGACGCGGCAACCCUGCUGAGGCCGUCGCUACAUUCAAUGUGGACCGCAAAUCCUGCAACGAAGUGCGGGCGUACUUGGCGAACAUUGCCGAGCAAUGCGGCGCGGCGGCGGCGGCGGCGGCCGCGGCGGCGGGGGAGGAGGCACUGCCUUCAGUGGUAGUACUCGACAACCUACAACAUGCCUCGGCUUUGGGAGAUGCCUUCGCCGGACUACUGCCGCCGGAUAAUAGGAACAUGCCUGUUAUUAUUGGUACGAUGUCGCAAGCGACUUGCAACACCACGAAUCUGCAGCUUCAUCAUAACUUCAGGUGGCUCCUCACUGCCAACCACAUGGAGCCAGUCAAAGGUUUCUUAGCAAGAUAUCUCCGCCGCAAGCUGUUCUCGCUCGAGCUCCGUCUCGGUCGCCGCGAGCCGGCACUGGCGGCAGUACUAGAGUGGCUGCCGGGAGUGUGGGCCGCUCUCAACGCCUUCCUCGAAGCUCACUCCUCCAGUGACGUCACCGUCGGACCACGGCUCUUCCUCGCCUGCCCCAUGGAUUUGGACGCUAGUCAGGCAUGGUUCGCGGACGUGUGGAACUACAGCAUCGUGCCGUACGCGUCGGAGGCGGUGCGCGAGGGCGUGGCGCUGUACGGGCGGCGCCGCAACGCCGCGCUCGACCCGCUGGCGCACGUGCGCGCCUCCUACCCCUGGAGGGAGCCUAACCACUCGCAUACUCUGAGACCCAUUAUGGUUGACGAAGGUGGUGCCGAAGAAUCCAAUCAGGAUUCGAAUACUAACAACAAUCAAGAUCCGUUGUUGAACAUGCUGAUGCGGCUGCAAGAGGCUGCCAACUACAGCGGCAACCAGAGCCAGGACUCGGACAAUGCCAGCAUGGACUCGAAUCUCACGCACGACAGCUCUAUGGGCAACGAGCUAUAACAUCACCGCGAUACAAUUCGCUACUCGGCUCCAUACUUUAUAAUGGAGAGUAACAUCUUCAACCUGAUUGACGCGAGGACACUAAAAUCUCCACAGCUACAUCUAUACGUAUAGAGUAUGUGUAUUUAUAGAUUAUUAUCGACUCUACUCUUGUUUUAACAUUAAGGUGUUCAGUGUGUCACUGGAGAUUCCAAAGUUGACAAAACAGACUGAUAACUCUGAUAUCUUUAAUUUAUCGUUUGAAUUUUGUGAAAAAUAUAUGAUAUACAAAGCCAAAUAUUUGCCAUAUUUGUAAAUUUAUAUUUAUUUACGCUAGUGUUAUUAUAAUUUGAAAUUUAUGUUAUAAUAUAAGUAUAUUAUAUAACUAAGUUGCUUUUUAGUCAAUCAGAUUAUAAUGUUCCUCAAAGAAAGGAUUAUCCUCUGCUGUAUUUGUGAUGUAUACAAAUAUCUUAAGCGUGAGGACCAAGCCUUUCGCCCUAAAAUGUUUUUGUUUUGUUGCAAAUUAAUGAGAUUUGUUGACGUCGAAUUUCAGAGAGACAAGUGCUUGUGAGGAAGAAAACAAUAAUAGUGCCUGGAGGGGAUAUUUUUCCACUUUUAUGAAAUAAUGUAACAUUGCAAAAUUUGAUCCAGCAGAAUACUGUUAUUUGUAAAAUUAAUAAAUAAACUUGCAAAUAAUAUUCUUGUAAACACAGUACCUAGUUUAUAUGAAGAACAAACUUCUCCCGGAACAAACUUUGCAAGUGUUAUACUCUGUUUAUAUGAAGCAUUGUGGCUUUUUACUAUUGUUAUACUUUUCAAAGUUAGAAUACGAACCGCAUUUGUAUUAUUAGAAAUUGUAUGUAAUAUAUGAAAGCGUAAUUUUUAUACCAUUUUCAUAUUAAAAACUCAUGUACCUAAUAAAAAUAUUUAGGUGUAAAUAAAAUAUGUUUAAUAUAAUUUUUUCUACGCGAAUUACACUAACCGCUACUUUGCCAUAAACAGUAUAGCGAUACUUUUGUAUAGAAAUAUGUAACAAUUAGUUACAGCGUUUGGUAUGGAUUGACUUGUGUGCAUAACUGAAACGUGAUAUCUACAAUCUAUGCUUUACGAAAAUUGUGAAAUAAACAUUGAUUACAAAACA